AUGGAUAAAUCAUGGGUAUGGUUGCCAAGGAAUAGCCUUGAGUAUGAAAAAGAAGCAAGUGAGUUUGUGUCUGCUGCAUCAAGCCGUUUAGGUGGUCCAGCUGAAAUUUUCUGUCCUUGUGUUGAUUGCCGCAAUGUCUGCCAUCAGUCUGCUGAGAAAGUUUUGGAGUAUCUGGUGAUUAGAGGGAUGGAUCCGAAGUACAAGAUUUGUAAAUUCUGGUCUAAACACGGAGAUACAAGGCCUGAUAAGCCAUCUGAUAUCAACUCGUCUGAAAAUGAAGCGUACGAGUUGUUGAGAACAGCUUUCAUGCCAAGUGAAGAUUAUCCAGCAGCUCAUCAAGAGAAUGCAGAAGCGUUUGAGGGAAGUGAAAGCCCAGCAGAAGCUGAUUUCAGGAAAAAGUUGGAGGAUGGAGAAACCCCAUUGUACUCGAAGUGUUCAAACUACACCAAGGUGGCUGCAAUCAUGGGUCUUUACCGGAUAAAAGUCAAAAGUGGGAUGUCUGAGAGCUUUUUUGAUCAGCUUUUGUCAUUAGUUCAUGACAUGCUUCCCCGAGACAAUGUUCUACCUAAGUCUACUGAUGAGAUGAAGAAGUUUCUGAAGCAGUUUGGUUUUGGCUAUGAUGUCAGUCAUGCCUGCAAGAAUGACUGUAUCUUGUAUAGAAACCAGUAUGAAGAUGCGGUGAGCUGUCCAAGAUGCAGUGAAUCAAGAUGGGAGAAGGAUAAGCAUACUGGUGAGGAGAAGAAAGGGAUUCCGGCCAAGGCCCUUAGGUAUUUUCCGAUCAAAGACAGGUUCAGAAGAAUGUUUAGAUCAAAGCGGUUGGCGGAGGACUUGCGUUGGCACUCUACUAAUGCUUCUGAAGAUGGAAGUAUGCGACAUCCAGUAGAUUCACUGACAUGGGUUCAGACAAACAACAAAUGGCCGGAGUUCGCUGCUGAAGCAAGAAACCUACAACUUGGUAUUUCUACAGAUGACAUGAAUCCGUUCUCUAUCCAGAGCACCAACCACAGCACAUGGCCUGUUUUCUUAGUCAACUACAACAUGGCUCCCACACAGUGCCUGAAAUCCGAGAACAUCAUGUUGACAAUGCUGAUACCAGGACCAUCUGCACCUGGAACAACAUUGAUGUGUAUCUACAGCCACUGGUAG